ACCAGCCAGACACCCAAAUGGGCAGCUCUAAUUCCACACAGCCUGGGCGGUGGAACAGGGCUUUACACCUUCCCCACUGGAUGCAGAGGAGCCAGAGAGAUUGGCACGUUCUGCCCCGGCCCUCACAGUCAGAGUGUCAGGACUACACCCUCUCUCCGUGACAUGUCACACCCACCAUAUCGCAUUCAUACUGUCACACAUACAGGCAUGCCCACUGGGACAGAUUUACCCGCACAGUGACACAUUCCCUGUCACAUGUGCCCUCAUCCAGCACGCAUCCUUUGUCCAGGCAUCCAGAAUUCCGAGACUACAAGAACCAGCCUCCUGAACUCACCAUGUGGGGUUUAGUAGACAUGACCAGCAACCUGACUCCACCAGGAAGAACGCCCAGAAGGCUGAGGCAUAAAACAGGAGGGACAGAGGGGCGCACUCAGAGCCACUGUUGCCCAACACUAUUGCUAAGACCUUCAGCGUCAGGGCCCGCCCCGCUCUCCUUGCGCCCUAUCCGGAGGCCGGAGCAAGAGGCGGUGUUCUCUGGCGCUGGACCAGCCGGGCAGGGUUAGGGAGGAGCGGGGCCAAACCUGCCAGUUUAGGGACGGGGCUGGCUGGUGCCUGGGGGCGGGGCGAGCUCCGAAUGGAGGCCCCAGACUGAGGCGGGCGGAGACAUCUGCGCACGCAAGGAGACCCGAGCUUCCCAGCUCAUAACACGGAGCCAUGGCCAGCGAGGGUUCCGAGCGGGAGCACCCAUCCGUGACGCUGUUCCGACGGUACCUGCGUAUCCGUACGGUUCACCCCGACCCUGACUAUGGAGCUGCCGUGGCCUUCCUUGAGGAGAAGGGCCUCCAGAUGGGCCUGAGCUGUCAGAAAGUGGAGGUAGCACCUGGCCAUGUAAUCGUUGUGCUGACCUGGCCAGGCACCAACCCGAAACUCUCCUCCAUCUUACUCAACUCCCACAUGGAUGUGGUGCCUGUCUUCAAGGAAUAUUGGAGUCAUGAUCCUUUUGAGGCCUUCAAGGAUCCCGAGGGCUACAUCUAUGCCAGGGGCACCCAGGACAUGAAAAGUGUCAGCAUCCAGUACCUGGAAGCUGUGAGGAGGCUGAAGGAUGAGGGCCAUCGUUUUCCUAGAACCAUCCACAUGACCUUUGUGCCUGAUGAGGAAAUUGGAGGUUUUAAAGGUAUGCAGCUAUUCGUACAGCGUCCAGAGUUCCAGUCCCUGAGAGUAGGCUUUGCCCUGGAUGAGGGCCUGGCCAACCCUACGGAUGCCUUCACUGUCUUUUAUAGUGAGCGGGCUAUCUGGUGGGUGCGGUUUACCUGCACUGGAAGACCAGGCCAUGGCUCACGUUUUAUUGAGGACACAGCAGCCGAAAAGCUGCACAAGGUUGUGGACUCCGUCCUGGCCUUCCGGGAAAAGGAAAAGCAGAGGCUCCAGUCAAACCCUCGCCUGAAGGAGGGGGCUGUGACCUGUGUGAACCUGACGAAGAUAGAGGGUGGUGUGGCAUUUAAUGUGGUACCUGCCACCAUGAGUGCUGUCUUCGACUUUCGCAUCGCACCAGAUGUGGACCUGGAGGCUUUUGAGAAACAGCUCCAAAGAUGGUGCCAGGCAGCUGGUGAUGGGGUCACCUUCGAGUUUACUCAGAAAUGGAUGGAGCCCCGAAUAACCUCUACUGAUGACGCAGACCCCUGGUGGGCAGCUUUCAGUGGGAUCUGUAAGGACAUGAACCUCACACUGGAGCUGGAGAUCUUUCCUGCUGCCACCGACAGCCGCUAUAUCCGCGCAGCGGGGGUUCCGGCUCUGGGCUUCUCACCCAUGAACCAUACACCAGUGCUGCUGCACGACCAUGAUGAGCGGCUGCAUGAGGCAGUGUUUCUCCGGGGGAUUGACAUAUAUACACGCCUGCUGCCUGCGCUGGCUAGUGUGCCUGCCCUGCCCACUGACCACUGAGCCCCAGAUCCCUGCCCGGUUGUGGUGUACGUUGCUGCACCUGAAGUUGUAAGGGUAGACAUUCAUGGAGGAGUCCUCAUUUCCCUGAUGUGCUGUUAGCAUCCCUUCCACAGAUGCUGUGAACCUGGCUCUGGGCCCUUUGCCUACUGGCCCAUACUGCUCUGUACCCCUUGCCAUGACAUCAUCAAGUACCCCUGAGCCAUCUGCCCACCAACGGGGAGCUUUAGUUCCUGUGCUCAGUGGCCACCAUGCUGAAAUCUGACCUGUGCAGUUGACAACAGUGCUCCCAUCAAAAGACUAUACCAAGAUAAGCACCUUAGGAUACUACUCCAGCUGGGCCCUGACCUUAGUGGGACAGCUUACGAGUGCUUUUUUUAAUUGUCAUUUGUGUUUUGCCAAAACCUAUAGGCUCUGGUGUGGGGAUUAGGGGCCUGGGUAGACCAGGUAUUUCUCUUAGGGUUCCCAGCAGACAGAUCAAUGGUCAUGGAUCAGUAUGUAUGGAAGGGCCCAGGAAUUGGGCUUUAGUCUUUGUGCUUGUAGGAAUCCAGUUGGAUGACUACAGCUAAACGUCUUGGUUGUAACUAUCCUUCACUUGCCAGAUGACCCUGCUACAUUCCAAUCUCUACAGGAUGAAAAAAAAGUCAUUAAGAUAUUCACCUAACUAAAAAAAAAAACUUCUGGGGGCUGGGGAUUUAGCUCAGCAGCAUAAGCGCCUGCCUUGUAAACAUGCAGUCAUGAGUUCAAUCCCUGGUACCAAUAAAAAUGAAAAAGACAAAAAAAAAAAAAAAAAAAAAAAAAGAUAUUCACCUAACUGACCUUUGGUACAUUAAUAGUUGGGGGUUCCUGCUGGAGAUGGAACCCAGGGCCUUGCAAAUGCUAGGCAAGCAUUCUAUCAGAGCUCCAUCCCAGCCCAUAUUAGUACCUCUGGAGAAAGCAGACUGGCUUCAGGCAAUUUUGUCCUGCUCAGCACAGAAGCACCUUCUGCACUGGCAGUUGUGGAUUCUAGUGUCUCCCGUUGCCUGAGACAUGCCUCAGUCUGCAGGUCCCCAAUAAACUGUGCAAUCGUA